UAUCUUCAUAAAGACGUAGUUUUUCUUCACGUAGCACCAAUACAACAGUAAAGCCUUUCGAAUACUCCAAAUUCAAUUUGAAGUAGCUUAGAGGAAUGUGAAGAGCUAUUUAGCAUACAAGACAGAGUGUAGUGUGUAGAAUAUAAUUGGUUCAAAUGCCGUUUCCUAAAUGCUAUGUGCUCGGUUCAAGUUAUUACAUUAAGACGAAUGAAUUCACUGGUCGUGAUGCAUUCAAUCAAAUACAAGAACCAAGACAGUACCCGAUACGUAAAUAUCGAAGGAGGAGACCCGUACGUCGAACACAAUCAGAGUCAGACCUGAGCGUAGAGAAUUCUGAAUGUCAGUCAACCGAAAAUUCUUCAAAGCCCAAAUCGAAACUGGGAGUCUUGACCAAAAUGAUGUUCAAUCGUGCAAAGAACAGUCCUGAUGGCAGUCCGAGCAAAGAGUCUGGCUCAUCGUCCAGUGCUUGGUUGAAUAAACUGUGGCGAAACAUGAAAUCGCAGUACUCAUCGUCAGACAUCAAAAUGAGAGCUCCAGAACGGACGCCACCCGAACGAGCCUUACGAGAACGGUCAUACACGGCAUGCGAGGAAUGGACGGAAAAAUCCGAUGCGCGUUACAAGAUCAUGGCACAUCUGGAUGUGAUUGGGUGUAGAGAGGACAAAAAUUGGUUCAUAGUCAACGAUUCCACCAUUCAAACCCAUCGUCUGAUGACAUGGAUCCCACUGCCGGCCAAUUGUGUCGCUCUGGAAGACCUAUCCACAUUCAAUUCACCGAAAAGUGUACUGAUGGAACUUCUGUGUUCAUUGCAACAUCCGUACGUUUAUCCCGUACUUGAUUUGGGCAUUUUCUAUUCGAAUCCGUCGCACUGCGCGUGUUUAGUUAUGCCGAUUAAUGUCCGAGGGAGCCUUAAGGAUUACAUUUACAAAUCGAUACAAUGGAAUGAGCCGUUUAGACGAAAAUACUCAAAAACACCAACAGCUCUAACAUCGGUGCAAGUUCAGCGAUUUGGCCGACAUAUUUUGGAGGCGUUACGAUUUUUACGGGACCGCGGUAUUCCACAUGGUCAUGUGCAUAGCGGCAAUGUGAUUCUUCAGAAUGGCGUUGCUCGGCUAUCGGGAUUGGAAAAUGGUCUACUUGGGUUGGACUCAAAAGUGAAUGCGGUUGUAUCGGCAAAGAGUGUAGCUGAAGUUCAGCAUAGGGAUGUCAUUUGCUUUGGACAUUUACUUUUUGAAAUGUGCACCGGAUAUGAAUUGCUGACUCCGCGACCGACCACUGCCAACUUUAACACAGAUUUGGAACGUUAUCCGAAGGUCGUUGAAGUGCUGCAAGCAAUUUUCGAAUCUCCCGGCAACCGAUAUCCAACCAUUGAUGACCUUGUUCGUUUUGAUUUAUUCCGGAAUGUUGAACUGCGUGAAAUGAGAGGACCGACGAUUUCGUCACUGAAACCAGAUCUUAGCACAUCCACAUCGAACCUACUAAAUGCGGUUCGUCGACGACAAGUUGCGCCAUUGAUUCGUUCGUACAGCGAGUUCGAGGAACCACAAUACAUUGCACUAGAUGAUCCAAAUAGUGAAUUCUACGCGUCGAUCAAUGGUUCGUACAGUGAUCUAUCGUACGCCGGCGUCUUAGAGGGUCACAUAACUGUGACACAGGAACAAUACGAGCAAUAUCGCGACAUGGGCACCACUUUUCAGCUCUGCAAAAUAUGCACGGAAAAUGACAAAGACAUCCGACUCGAGCCGUGCGGUCAUUUGCUAUGCAUUCAGUGCUUGACCAAAUGGCAGAUUGAUUCCGUUGGAUACGGGUGUCCGUUCUGUCGUGCUGAAAUUCGGGGAACCGAACAAGUAGUAGUAGAUGAAUUCCAGCCACGCACGUAAUUUUGCUAUGCUACUAGGACCUCUAGGUUAGGAGCUUUUGUCAUCUGUCAUUAUUGACGUCAACCACCAACCUAUCCCCCAAACUACAAAACUAUGAAUAAACGUUGUCGUCGCUGUAUCCGCUGGACACUGCACCGUCCAGACUUAUAAUUUUAGCUGCACUAAUCUAAGACAGCUAAAGCUGCAACUGCCCAAUAACAAGAAAUCAAUCUCAGGGAAUAAAUCGAGAUCGAGAAUUUUUGAAGGGUGCACGUGUAAAAAGGCAUUUUUCAUGUGUC